AUGAGUGGCCCCUAUUUUGACAGUGCCAUCAUUCGCAUAUCCGAGAUUGUCAACGAUGAAUGGCGCAAAGGGGUGCUGGGCGAUGAAGAAGGCAUUUUUCCCAUUUCGUUUGUAGAGGACGUGCCACCGCCAAGCACGGGUCGCGCUGCGGCCCUGGCAGCUCUCCCUAGCCUGGGCUUGGCCGCAAACGACGAACUGGACCUGCUUGGUCGUCUCCCAGAUGGCUCUUACAUUGCCACUGCCAAGGGCAAGCGUGCCAAUGUUGCACCGCAAGAUAUCGCCGUCACUGUCUCCCUUCCGCCCAAGGCACGGGCUCUCUUUGAUGUUGAUGAUCAGUGGUUUCGUGGCUUUGCCCACGGCCGCAUGGGGCUUUUCCCGAGCAAUUUUGUUGAAGUACUCACUUCUCUGGAAGAUGUGCGACCCAACGUCAUGUCAGCCUCCCGACGCAAGGCUCGCCCCCCCUCAGUCGCGCCGCCCGCGCCAGCUGCCGCACCUCCGGCCCUGGCCCCGGCGCCAGCGAGCCAGAAACUGCCGGAGCCUCGCGCGGCACCUAGCAGCAGCUCGGCUCGCCUCAGUGUGGCAGCCGAUGCCGGUGCCCGUCGACAAUCUGUCUCAAAGCCAGGCCGGCCUCAAAAAGAGCCGUAUGCCGUUGCUUUAUUCGAUUACGAUGGCGAUCAGCCUGAAGACCUUCAGUUCUCCAAUGGAGAUGUCAUCAUCCUAACCAAGCGCAUCGACGAUCAAUGGCUGCGCGGAUACCGUUACAAGGACCGCAGCCGGCAUGAGGGCAUAUUUCCCUCCGUCUUUGUGCGCGUGGAUCGUUCGAUCACAAGUUCCAACAGCGGUAUGGUGGCCUCCACGGCAGAUCGCCGGCGAGCCACUUUGUCACAGAAGCGCCAGUCUGCUCUGGGAUUGGGCAAGCAAGCCGCUCCACCCAAAUCCUCAAGAUUGGCACCCAUUCGUGCCCCACCACCACCAUCAGCACGAGGUGGCGGGGGUGCUGCAGCGCCGCGCCGCAAGCCCGGGCCACCGGCCCCAAGGGUCACCACGGCUGCUGCCCCCGCCCCCGCCCCCGCCCCUCCAGUGGCUACUGCUCCUCCUCCUGCUAAGGCUUCUUCCCCCGCGCCUGCACCGACCCCUGCACCGGCGCCGGCUCCAGCCCCUACGCCGGCCCCGGUCAAGACUGCUGCGCCCGCACCAAAGCCCCGACCAAAGCCCAAGCCUCGUGCGCCCGGGCCCCCGGCCAAGAACUCAACUGCUCCAACUGUGACACCCGCGCCUGUGCCCCGCAAUGUCGUGGAUUCGGCGCCGCUUCGGCCCAGAGCGCGCCUCGCUUCUGAGAGCAAACCAAACCGCAACUCAGUCACGCCUCGUGCUGGUCCACCUCGCGCUGUCCCUCGUGCUGCUCCCGUCCGUGCGCAACCCCCACCACCCGCACCAACCCCUGCCACGAAUUCAUCGGCGCUCUCAGCGCGCCUCCAAGCAAAGGAACUGGAAGUUAAAUUGCGCGAGGCCCUCGACAAGGAAGCUGGUCUCGAAAAGUUUGUGCUUGCUAUGCAGGCGAAGGAAAAGGAUUUGGUCAUGGCCAAAAAGGAGGCUGCAGCCGCCAACAAGUUGGCUAAACUGGCUCAAGUUGCCCAACAACAACAGCAAACAGGCCUAGGCAACCUGGACACGGUGCCUGAAGAUAGCUUGGAGCCAGAUUUGCGUGCCAGCUUGGCGGAAGUCUAUGCAGCACAGCGCCAGGAUGAGGCUGAUGCUUCAAGCAAAGCCAAGCGGGCCGCUCAGCGCGUCAAAGUGCUCAAGGAGCUUUGCGAGACCGAUGCCGAUUUUGUCAACGACCUCUGGGUGUGCAAGGAGGCCUACAUCGAUUCAGAUGUCGCCCUCGUCCUGAACGAUACCUUUGAUUGCGAGCGGCUCUUUGGCAACUAUGAGCAGUUGCUAGAUGCGGUGACGGCGUUGAAUGACCGCUUGCAAGCUGAGCGACGCCUAGCAACGGAGAAGCAGCAGAUUGGCAUGGCAUUUUGCGAACACAUGGAACAAUUGAAGGCCGUUUACGUCGAUUAUUGUUGUAAUUAUGACGAUGCCUCAGCGCUGCUAGCCGAGUACAUGGCUGAUCCAGGGCACAAGGCUGCGUUGGAUGCCUGUCAUCGACUCACCAAGGACCGCACGCAAUGCUGGGAUCUGGGCACCAUCUUGAUCAAACCGGUGCAGCGCGUGCUCAAGUAUGCGCUCUUACUACAGGACAUGCUGCGCAACACCGAGCGCGAUCACCCCGACUAUGUCAUGCUUUCUACUGCCGUGGACCGCGUCAAGGUGGUGGCCUCGAGCAUUAAUGAGGGUAAACGGCGCAAGGAAUUGGUUGAGCAAUACAAGGUUGGUGGCAAAAAGCGCCAGGUGUGGCAUGGUGCGGUAAAGAAAGCUACCCGCCUGAAUCAGAAGCUUUUCCAUAAAACUGAGAGGGAAGAUCGCCAGGACUUCAAGGAGUUUCAUCGCUCCGAGGACCGGGUCAAGAUGAUGGAGCAGAACAUGUAUUCUGAGCAAGAGUCGCUCGUGCCACCCUACAUGCGGGACGUGGUCAAGGCGGCGCGCUUUAUGAAGGAGGAGGCAGGCCGCCUCGAAGACAACGUUGAGUGCCGCGUUCAAGAGCCCAUGACGCGGCUACUGUCGUUUUUUAAACAGCCAUACUUGCUGAUUGAUAAGCGACGGGUUAAGAAGCUCGACCACGACGUCAUCUUUCGUCAGCUCAAAAAGGCUCGCGAUGAUAAGCGCGCCGCCAUCAUGAAGGAGCUGAAUGCUGCAGAAAAGACCUUCCAUGCUUUGGAUGACGAGCUGACCCAGGAGUUGCCGCGGUUUGCCGACCUCGGCGAACAUCUCAUUACACGUUCCCUCAGCGGCUUCUUGACCAUGGAGCUGACUUUUGCGCGCAAUGCCUUGGCACAGCUUCAGGCCAUUCAAUUUCCGCGCGAGCUGCCCAGUAGCAAGCUCAUUGACUUUUGUGCCACCGUCCAUCGGGUGGUCAUGAUGGAGCUAACGAGCUUGAGCAUGGUUCCGCGCACCGUUGCCACUGCUUUCAACAUUGCGGCACAGCCUCAGGUUGCGCGUGGCAAGAAGGGUGGCACCUAUGACUCAGUUCUUCGCUCUGCCAAUUCUCCCUACGCCCAAAUGCGUGCCCCAACUGACGUUGAACCAACUGGUACACCUACCGGUCGUCCCUCACGCACUGACUCGAUGAUGUCCACGAGCUCGUCUGCGAGCGCCUACGACCACAUUCCGGCAUCGGGCGCGCCCGCGGCCUCGUCGACACCGGCUCACCCAAAACCCAAGCCCCAGCCUCAGGCUAAAGCAGCCCCUGUGCCUGUGCGCCGCGUGCCAGAACCAGAACCAGAACCAGAACCAGAACCGGAACCGGAAACCGAACCGGAACCGGAGCCAGAGGCCGAAUUUGUGUCUGCUGUCGGCCGGGCGAUCGCAUCGCACUAUUUUGAAUCAACGGAUCCAGCAGAGCUCGAGCUCGAAGUGGGCACGGAAGUGGACGUUCUGUCAUUCCAGGACUUGGAGGGUAAUGCAGAAUGGUGGCAAUGCCGUUCCGACGAUGGCCGCGAAGGCUUUGUCGCAGCCAGCUUCUUGGAGUUGUUGGAAACGUACAUUCAGGAGGACCCUGCAACCGUCGUAUCCCGGUCAAAACCCGUUCUGGGACAGGUCAAAGUCCUGUACGAGUGCGAACCUUCCUCUGAGGAAGAGCUAGCGUGUGCGGAAGGCGACGUGCUCGACAUCUUGUCACGCACGGAUCCGGCAGGAAACACUGACUGGAUGUUUGCACGCACUGCAGAUGGCCGCGAAGGCUUUGUCCCGGCAAACUUUGUGGAGGAUUUGUAG